CCAGAAAUCUCAACUAUUUCUAUAUGCUCUCCAUUGGUGAGGCGUCUUCAUUAGUCAAAAAGCGUGGGCGGGACUCUUGCUCUCUGCAGCGAGUCAAAGAGAAAGGCAAUAAAGGGAGGCAGGAGCUGCACUUUGCCGACGAGCAUCUCUGCCGUCCUGCUUCAGUACAGUGUUCACUGCCCCUGAUCAACGAAAAAUACACAGGGACUCCUCUGAGAAAAAAAAAAAAAAAAAAGCAACCAACAACACAGAGUUCAUCAAUGUAACUCCGGUCAGUCAGAAACUGCGCCGAUCACCUGGAUAAGUCCAUCCUGACAAGAGGCGAGAUACAGACAGAGAAAAAUAGGAGACAGAGUCAAACGCGAGUGGAGUGUUGACGUGAAACUGUGAAGGAAAAGAGAAGAAUAUGAUUGUCAAGCAGCACUUGAUCUUCAUCCUUUACAGCCUCUGUGCAAGCGUCUUUAAAGUGGCUGGGACAAAAAGCAAAGUGAAAGGUAGCCAGGGUCAGUUCCCCAUAACUCAGAAUGUGACGGUGGUGGAGGGGGGCACAGCUAACAUGACCUGUCGUGUGGAUUACAAUGAUAACACUUCCCUCCAGUGGUCAAACCCAGCACAACAGACCCUGUUCUUUGGGGACAAGAAAGCCCUCAGGGACCACCGAAUCGAGCUGGUGCGAGCUUCAUCGCAGGAGCUCACCAUCAAAAUCAGUGACGUCAGUCUGUCGGACGAGGGCCAGUACACCUGCUCGCUCUUCACCAUGCCCGUCAAGACCACCAAAGCCUUUCUCACCGUUCUGGGAGUGCCAGGACGGCCAGAGAUCACAGGAUUUACCAAGCCAGCCAUGGAGGGGGACGCAAUCACACUGACGUGCACCACACCAGGCAGCAAACCAGCCGCCAACAUCCGGUGGUUCCGCAAUGACAAGGAGGUCCAAGGCACUAGGGAGGUGAACGCUACAGGAAAGUCAUUCUCGGUGAGGAGUAGCCUCCAGUUCCAGGUGGAUCGACGGGAUGACGGCGUUGCGUACACCUGCAGCGUGGAGCACGUGUCUCUGUCCAACCCACACACGACCACCGAGGUCCUGGAGGUCCACUAUGCUCCUCAUCUGGAGAUCGCACAUUCAGUAAUUAUCCCACAAGAAGGACAAUACUUCAAACUGGAGUGUGUUUCCAAAGGAAACCCAAAACCAGAGCCAGUGCUGUGGUCUAAAGAUGGAGGAGAGCUGCCAGACAUUGAGCGUAUGAUCGUGGAGGGCAGGGAGCUCACCAUCACCACACUAAACAAAACAGACAAUGGCACAUACCGCUGUGAGGCCAGCAACCACCUGGGGACCAGCAGCGCUGAAUAUAUACUGUUUGUAUAUGCCAAAGACUUUCCAGGGCCUACGACAGAUCCUAAUGCUUUAGGCCAACACGGACCUGACCACGCUUUAAUCGGCGGUGUCGUUGCAGUCGUGGUCUUCAUCACUUUGUGUUUGAUAAUAGUCCUCGCACGAUAUCUGGCGAGACAUAAAGGGACGUAUCUGACGCAUGAGGCCAAAGGAGCGGAGGACGCCCCCGAUGCUGACACAGCUAUCAUUAAUGCUGAGGGAAACCAUGUGCACGCAGAGGAGAAGAAAGAGUAUUUCAUCUAGGCUGCUUUUACCGUUUCCCUUCAUUUCAUGACAACUUUCAACCACAGACGUACAAUUUUAAGCUGCCUCAGUGUGACAAAAUAAUCUGGUUAUUUUACUGAUGAUUACUUUGGUUUUUCUGGAAAGCUCAUGCUUGGAUGUGCUCCUUUUCCAAACAUUCAAACUCGCAAAAUAGCCUUCUCCUUUUUGUAAUUAACAUAAAACAUAUCAGUUGGGUUAUUUUAUUUCAGUUACACUGUGCCUAAAGGCUGUACAAUUUUUUGCCAGUUCUUUCGUUGCCUGCAUUAACUUUUUUUCUCUUUUACUUUACAUGUUACACAACUUUUUGCAGGUUUUUCUAAAAUUCAGAAGCAACAACAAAUGUUCAUUUACUCAAGUUUUUUUUUUUUUCCUUUAAGGGCAGAAUAUGUUAAAUACAUCAAUUCAUCAAAUAUUAAUAUCAAAGGAUUAAAUAAUUGUCUUGGGUGUUGCCUGGAGUGUUCCUCAGUACAGCCAUACUGCACAUGUUAAAAAACAUAAAAUCAUAGAACCAAACAGAUACUUUGGCAAAACAAAAUGUAGAAGCACAAUCUUUGCGAUUGUCUUUGGAUGAAAUCAUGUCCCUCCCAGCACCGUCUGUAAAUUCCUGCACUGGUUUAUUUUCAGUUUUUUGCUGACACUCUUGAUUUGUCUGAACACAGAACACGUUGGAAAAAUUAAAGCACAAAGUCUGAGGACUAACGCAGAGGGGGGGAAAAAAACACAUCAACUGUUUCUUGUCUCAGGAUUCAAUAUGAGUCUAGAUGGAGGGACGGUGCCAGACACAUGAUGAAGAUUUCGGUUAACGUCAUGAACUUUUCAUUUUGGUUGGGUAUUUGACGUAAGCUCCAAACUGAAUGAGUGGAACCUUCCAGGGGUGUAGUAUUUAUGUUGAAUUUUAUUGAACAACUAUGCUCAAUGUGUGGAUAUUGCUGUAAAAUACUUUGCUAACGUGAAUAUUGGUGAACAAUAUUGUCGAAUCUUGGGAUCCCUGACACAUUACAAUUUGUAUAUUAGCAGUAUUUAAAGUAUUCCACAAGUUUUUUUUUCUUCCCCCAUUUAUCCAACAAUGGUAUGUUUUGCCAAAAGGCGUGUAAAUAAUAUGUAAGUAUUCGAUUUUAGUAAAAGGAAGAAAAACUGGUUAUUUUAACUUCAGAUCAUAUCAGUUCACAUCAAUUUGAUGAGAGUGUUUUCACACUUUUGAAGAUUUCUUCAAACAGGGAUUCUAAUAAAUUGCUUAAAAUGUUAAAAAAAUAAGAAAAAAAUGAAAAUAUAUGUAUUUAUUAUUAUGACUGAUUGACAUUUAUUAUAUGAUACUAUAUUGAUUGAUAUUAUUGCUGUUAUUCCUAAAGUAGUUGUCUGACAUUAACUUUUCCAUUUUUUAAUCCUAUAACUUAUCAUGAAAAAGACAAGUAUCACCGUUAUGGCCUUUGAGUUUGCUGCAAACAGUAUUAAUGACAUGUUGAGGCAUUGGUGAAUCAGACAUCCCCUCAUUGUAUAUAAUCACCACAUCAAAGACACUGAACCACAUUGCCAAUGCUCAUACAUGUUAUUUUGUUAGUUCAGUAUGAUGCUAUAAAUAACUCAUUUUGUACAAAGGUUUAAUUGCUGUAAUUAAUUUUGCUUUUUAUGGGGGAUGUGUGAGGUUUGCUUUUUUUUUCUCCUCUCGGUAUUGAAUAUUCAUUUUUUUCAACUAUGCCACUGUAAAAGAAAAAAAAAAGAAAAAAGAGAGACAAAGUGCGGAUUAAAAUAUGAACAACUUGAAAACUGC